GGCAGCGAGAGGAAGCGGCGGCGGCGGCGCGACCGGAGCGGUGCGCGCCAUGGCGGGCGGCCCCCCCAAGGCCCUGCAGUCCACGGGGCCCUACUCCCUGCGCGACAUGCCGCACCCGCUGGCCGGCUCCAGCAGCGAGGAGGCCGUGGGCGGCGACAGCACGCCCAGCCCGGACCUGCUGAUGGCCCGCAGCUUCGGUGACAAGGAUCUCAUUCUGCCCAACGGUGGUACUCCAGCAGGGACUUCCAGUCCAGCUUCUUCAUCUUCUCUUCUAAACAGACUUCAACUUGAUGAUGACAUUGAUGGUGAGACCAGAGAUCUCUUUGUCACAGUGGAUGACCCCAAGAAGCAUGUCUGUACCAUGGAGACCUACAUCACAUACAGGAUCACCACCAAAAGUACUCGGGCAGAGUUUGACUUGCCAGAAUAUUCUGUUCGCCGAAGAUACCAGGAUUUUGACUGGUUGAGGAGCAAACUGGAAGAAUCCCAGCCCACUCAUCUCAUUCCCCCACUUCCUGAGAAGUUUGUGGUGAAAGGUGUUGUGGAUCGUUUUUCAGAAGAGUUUGUGGAGACCAGAAGAAAAGCUUUGGAUAAAUUCCUAAAGAGAAUCACAGAUCACCCUGUGCUGUCUUUCAAUGAACACUUUAAUGUUUUCCUUACUGCUAAGGACCUGAAUGCCUACAAGAAGCAGGGGAUGGCACUGCUGACCAGAGUGGGCGAGUCAGUCAAGCAUGUCACUGGAGGCUACAAGCUGAGGAGUCGGCCCCUUGAGUUUGCAGCUGUAGGUGAAUACUUAGACACCUUUGCACUCAAACUGGGAACCAUCGAUCGAAUAGCCCAGCGGAUCAUCAAAGAAGAAAUAGAGUACCUUGUGGAGCUGAGAGAAUAUGGGCCUGUGUACUCCACGUGGAGUGCACUAGAAGGUGAGCUGGCUGAGCCCCUGGAGGGUGUGUCGGCCUGCAUCGGAAACUGCUCGACAGCCUUGGAAGAGCUGACGGAUGACAUGACAGAAGACUUCCUACCUGUGCUCAGGGAAUAUAUUUUAUACUCUGACUCCAUGAAGAGCGUAUUGAAGAAGAGGGACCAGGUUCAAGCAGAGUACGAAGCCAAACUGGAAGCGGUGGCUCUGAGAAAGGAAGACCGCCCCAAGGUGCCUGCAGACGUGGAGAAAUGUCAGGAUCGGAUGGAGUGCUUCAAUGCCGACCUGAAGGCCGACAUGGAGAGGUGGCAGAACAACAAGAGGCAGGACUUCCGGCAGCUGCUCAUGGGGUUGGCUGACAAGAACAUCCAGUAUUAUGAGAAGUGCCUCAUGGCGUGGGAGUCAAUUAUUCCACUGCUGCAGGAGAAACAAGAGACCAAGUAGAUUGCUCCUUGGAACAGAGACUCUUCUACCUACACAGGACAUGACACCCUGUACUGGAAUGUCCCUGCAGUGCUGGAGAGGUGGCAUUGGGGAAACAACGCAGAAGCACCUCUUGUUUGUGUAUUUCUCUCGCCCCCUUCAACCCACAGUUGUUUUUGAUUUGUAUUUAUUCAUUGGUGGAGUCCGUAUGGCUGUCAUCAUCUCUCAGCAAAAGAAGCAUACCUCCAUGUCACUACGAAGACUUGAAACCGAGCUUCACGGCAGCCCACGCCUGAGGCUGUGACUCUCAGGCUGUGACAGCUUCCUCUUUUGAGAUAGCCGAGUUGCUUGUUGCAGGAGGGGACACAGAUCUUGCUUUUCAAGGUCAUGGAGGAGGCACUAAGAAGAGGCCUCUGGCUUGCUGUGAGUCCGGCGGCUCUGCAGUUGACCUCUGUGGGUGUUGACUUGCCUCUGCCUAGAAGGAGGUGUUGGCAUCUCCACAGAAAGUCCUUAAUUUACGGUGGCCUGUAUCUGUGAGUAUGGCCUGCUGCCUGUUUGUGAUGAGUGACACGUGUUUUAAAGUCUGUGUCCACAUGCAUCCAUGCUUGAGUGAGCAAGCCUUGUCCUUAUGUAGAUGCCUUGGUAGACUGGGGGAUGCUGCCUGAUCUUGCUUCUGAUACCAGAAGGCAAUAGACUAGAAACUUUCAUGUAAAAUGAAGAAAGGUGCAUUUUUCUCUGUGAAGGCCUUCAAUGUUUUUCUUUGGCCUGUAAUUGUCAGCAGUCAGGAUUAGACCUCUCGUUUGCAGUCAGAGUAGUUCCCCCGUUGUUGAGAUCGGUGGGCAUAUGCGAGCCCCACCGGUGAUGUCUGCUUUGUGCAGUUUGCCUUUACCUCACCAAAAAUGCUGAGCUUAAUGUUUCCUACCGUGUCCACUGGACGUUUGGGCAAUCUUGUGGUGAGGGGGCGGCGAGUAUGUUGUAUUGUCAUGACACAGUUGAAGUUGGUAAACUCAGUGUGAAUGUUCUACAUAAAGUGCUUUAACCCUUAGGAUUUCCUAGUCAGGAAGCAAAGUCAGUACCAGCAGGGGCCUCAAAGGUGACAGGCGUGACAUCGCGCUCUCUGCUUCUAGCUAAACUGAAGUCUCAAUUUGCAGCCGAAUUCCUGGGUACAGCUGGUAGUGUUUAGUCUUUGUUUCAAACUGUUACCAGGUUUACUCUUCAAAUCACCACAAAACCAACAGUCAGAAAGGAUCUCUCUUCAAACUCACUUUCCCCCCCCCUCCUGAAAAGAAGCUACAUGUGUUAUAUGAUUGUUCUUUCACUUGUGGCUUAUGCUUAUAAACCUGUAAAUUUAAGCCUCAGACAGACAGUAGUUCGUUGUUUUAAAUGAAGCAGUCGGGACUCUGCUUCGUAUGCAAGUUAACCUGCAAAUGCCGGUCAAUGUGCUGCAUGUUGAAGUCACUUUAUUCCACUCUGACAUCAGAGUUGACUUGGGGUCAGCCACAGCUGGCAUACUGUUGGAGCAGCAAUCGAAUAGCAGAGGGGUGUUUGGCUGUUCCAUGUUUGACAAAGUCAAAUUUGAAAUGAUAAUUUUUACAUCCAUCGGUACUUGCCUGUACUGCUAAGCUCCAUCUGUGCCAUUCUAAAACCUUUUGAUGUGAAUUUUCAGUUUGGUACAAAUAGAAAUGAUUCACGGAAGCGGAAGGGCAAGAACAGUCCCUCUACCCCCAUCUCCGAUGACUCAGCAUUUCAUUCUACCUCUUGAACCAUUGAGUUGGUGUGGGUGUGGAUGUCCUGGUCCAGCCUGAGGGUGCGCUGGUAGAAUUGGGGUGUGCAUCUAAUCGUUGACAGCCCUCUAUUGAUACUUGGCAGAAGACACCAGCCUGACCCAGCAGUGAAUAUUCAUUUUUGGAACAUGUGAAGCUUUGCUUCGUGGAAUGUGUGCUUUAAAAAUGUCGAAGGUAGCAGAUGUUUGGAAAGAACCAUGGAAAGAGCUACAGGGAAACCAGAAUCCGAGAACCUGCUAGUUGCCAAAUUCCAGAGUCAUUCCUGUAUAACGGUUACUUGGGAAGGAAGGCCAUCCCUCAAAAAACACGCAUCGGUCUCCUUGCUGGGAGACAUGGGAGGGGGAUCCACAGUCUGUCUCUGUGGAAGGCAGAGGUCUAGCUCUGCGGGGUUCGGGCUCCUUGGGACUUUUUCUUGCGCUUUGUCUGGGCCCCAUGUGGUGCUCUGUGCUUUGAGACACCAGGAAGAGCUGCAGCAUUGCCACCUCCUUCCUCCAGGCAUGCCGUUGGUAGCAGAGUCAGGAAAACCCUGUAUGUUAGACUUGCUUGGAGAAAUGGACCUUCCCAGGAAGGCAUGUUUGUCCCUGACUUCAGACUGGCAUCUGACAAGGUGGGGAACUCUGCCCAGAAGGAAGAGGGCGGGAAAAGGGAGCGAAGGAGGCUCUCCAGCCCUCCCAACUCCAUGGCUCCCUCUUGCCCCUGAAGCUCAGCAGUCCCAAGCACUGGUCUGUUUGUCUUGAUCGAGUAAAAUGGAGAUUCACUAUGAGAAGCAGAACUGGGAGACUUCUGUGCCAAAGACUGCCUCAGAGAGGCCCCAGUACCCCAUCCGCCUUGAAUUCACAGAGCUGCAAUGCUGCGAUCACCGACUCCUCUCAUAUUUAUCAUCCAUGAGAUUUUUGCUUAAGGGUGCCCUUUACCUGGGGCAGAUGGACAGACAUGUGUUGAGGAACAAUGAAAAGUUGCCCCACACAACUGUCCAGGUCCUGAAAAGAGAAGAGUUUCCUUCACCCAGGUUAAAAGUCCCGGGAUGAAGGCAGAAGAGAGAAUUCCUAGAAGCCAGAGCAGAUUUUAGAGAUGCAAAUGAUGUCAAGCAGAAAGCAGUUGUGGUGUUGACAGCUGUGGACAUUGCCUUUGCUCGUCAGUGUGGGGGUCCAUAAGAAGAUUCUGAGCCUCUGCUCAGAGCAAGGAACCACUGCUCUGAAAUGAGGAGGGAACACACGACCCAGCCCGGUUUGGGUUGGGUUUCAUCCUUCGAUAAGGCUUUACCAAUGAUGGCUGGCAAACUUUUAGUGUGAUCAGGGAGAUGAUGGGUUUGGUGUUUCACCAGACACCUCUCUCUAGUUGAAAUAACAAACAGCCCUGCUCUGGGGAUCGUGGUGAAUGUAAGAUGUCUGUUUUCAUGCCAAAUUUCAGCACCCCCAGAGUGUCCUCUGGAUCUUGGUCGGAGGUGUUCUCUGGGUUGCCCCUUCCCAAGGGGAACAGAAUGGUCGCCUUUAUUGAGGGACCAACAGGAAGUUCCAACUCAGAGGUGGGCAUGAUGGCCCCUGGCAGUUGCAAGGGAGAUUUCCCUCUUAGGAAGGGAGCCCAAGGGACACCUGGAGUGUGUGUGGCUCAGUCCUGCCAUUGAUAGUGUUGAAGCCAAAGGUAGCUGGCUCUGUUUUGAUAAGACUGUCUCUCUCCUGGAUCCGGAGCUGGUGAUUGGGGAGGGAGAACACAGUCAAGAACAACCUCCAGGCUGUGUGGGCCUCAGCUGUUUGGGUCUUGGGGUGGGCUGGAACUGGCUAGUUGCCGUUGCUAGAGACCCUACAGGGUGAUUCCUCCCAGAAGCUCAGCUGCCUGUGGUCAGGGCAGGGCUCAUUUACUGGGACCUCACCUUCCCAGACACCUACUUUAAGGGCUUGUAGCAACUGAGUAAGUUAAUUAUCUGGCUGGGGUGACAUCGCUCUGGCCAUCCUCGUUUAUGGGAGGAUAUUGGAAUUUGGGUUUGCCUUCUCCCUUUCAAAAGCCCUCAAGAUGACAGCAGAUUGGACAUGCCCUAUCAUCGCUGAGGUGUCUUUUCAAGCCAGAUAACAGGUGGCAUUUACUAGUACAUUUGAGGAAAACGUCCUCUCCUAGGCCAGACUUACAGACAGAUUGGGGUGUAUUGGAAUUGCGCUCCUCUUCCUUGUUUUAAUAAUCUAGGAAUCAAAUUUUUCACCACCCUACUCUGUAGGUUUUUGUUUUAAGUAUCCCCAACUUGCACAUAUCGGAGUGUGCAGGAGCUGUCUGCAUUAAAGGAAAAAAAAAGUUGGAGUGGGGCUGUGUUCUAGGGGGUGGACUGCUCUCUUAAUCAUUUGAGUUUGAAGUGUGUCCUGGGCAUGACUGUCCAACCCUUAACUAUGUGGCAGAAAAAUGUUAUCCAGGUAGUUUGUCCUGCUAGUCUGUGAAUAAGUGCUAUGAAAAACAAUAACUUUUAAUAAACCAAUAAGAUAUUUGUUUCAUAUAAACAUUCUGUGUAUUUAGAACUUGAAAAAUCAACAAAUCCAGAAUUUAAAAAUAAUGCCACAAGACUGUUAAAAGCCUAACUCUACUUCUGAGAAUUUUUCAAGACCUAAUAUGCCUUAUUCUUCCACUAGUGUUUUUAAGAUUCUGGAUAGAAAGUUUUAGAUAUAUAGUCAGCCAUUCAGCUUAAAUACUAGAGAUCUAACAUAGUCAGUCCUCAGUCCUCUUAAAGAAAAAAGCCAGAAAGUGAGGGUCAGAAUGAGGUGGCCUUUGGGGAGGAGAGAAGUAAGCGUAGCUAUUGCCAAAUGAUGUUUUUAAUAAUGCAAGGAAGCCCAGGAACCACACCACCUCUUGUUGUUUUAAAGUGUGAAAUAUUAAUUCAGUGCCUUUUGGCAUACUUUUGAUUAUAGAGGUUACAGUAUCAGCAUUGACAAAUCACAGAUCCAGAGAACUCUAUAGAUUAUGACAGUAUUGAAGGCUUACCCUGAUUCUGCAGAACAGCUUUUGAAGGUACUGUGAGGAUCUCAGAGGGGCAUGUUUUGGAUGGAAAAUCUCCACAGGUUGAAAUGCCAAAAACAUAUUCUGUUGACUCACAUAAUUGAGUCCACUUCAGCAAAGCUUUUGUUAUUAAACCAGAGAUGAAGAGUGUUGUGUAUGUGCCUCUCCCAGGAGGGCUGUUCCCCCCACCACCACCACCAAAUGAUUCUGGGCUCUUUCUAGGCUGGGCCAGAGCAACCAACACCUACCUGUCCACAUUCCUAUUGGACAGGUUUGUUCACGGUCGUAGAUCAAUCUGUCUUUCAGAAAUGGUACUAGGAGGAGGAAAGAGAAUCACGUAUUCCUCUGUGUAGAAGUGGGGAGGGGGAGAAACAGAUUGCAGACCAGAAUGUGAAUCCGUAUCAUAAAUCCGUAUCAUGUCGCCUGGGCCUUCGUCGGGAACAAACCAGCAUCUCUUAAUGGUCAGCACUGUCCACCGGACACCCCUGAGCCUGUGCGCCUAUCCCAUCUCUGUGAGUUGGGAUGCAUUGAGAGAUGACCUACCCCUGAUAUACUCCCACGAAAUCAACUGCCAGCAAACUUUCUAACUUGUAUUUUAACUGUUAAGAAGAGAUUAAAAUUUUACUUAGGACAUUUCCAAAUUAUGGACUGUGUUUUUUUUUAAUUUUAGAAAUUAUUCUUUAUGUUUAAGACUUUAAGAGAAAAAGAAAACUCUUUCUGAGGUGUUGAUGAAGUCCUCUGUGUAAAUGUGUCGUCUUCUCUUCAUGCUGCCAUUAAGCCAAAACAAAAGCUGUGAAUAUAAAAAGUGCUCAAGAAGAGUGUGUGUAGAUGAGAAAGCAGUUUAUUUACAGACCAGAAGUCUUUAUUUCAUUAAGCUACCAAAUGUUAGAAAGAAUGUCACCUUUUUUUCUUGUCACUCAGAGAUUAUGGAAUGGGGGAGGAGAGUUGUUUUUGUUGAAUUUUUGAUGCUGGCACGAAGUUUUUUGCCCACUUUUUUUUCAUGUUAUCUGUGUAUUAAAAAAUCUGUUUGUUGUUGUUUACUAUGGAAUUAGUAUUUUACAUUUUGAGGUAAAUAAAGAAUUUGUAUUGCUUGAUAAACUA